AUGUCUCUUUGCGCCGAAUGCUUCAAGGGUGUCCGCCACGAGGGUACUCCGGAGGGUACCACCCAGACGAUUGGUGGCAUUGAGUGCUAUGUUGCCACUCCCGCCGGAGACUACCCGAAGGAUGAGGUCGUCUUGUACCUUAGUGAUGCCUUCGGUCUCAAGUUCGAGAAUAACCUGCUCCUGGCGGACGACUUCGCGCGCAACGGCUUCAAGGUCGUCAUUCCCGAUCUCUUCGACGAUGAGCCCGCCCCUCUGGAUGCCUUCGUCCCCGAUUCGACAUUCGAUUUCUGGGGGUGGCUUGACCGCCAUCCUGUCGAGAGGGCCAAAGUUAUUGUCCGUUCGGUGAUCGACGUCCUCAAGACCGAGGGUGUCACCAGGUUCGGCACCCUCGGUUACUGCUACGGCGGUCGUCUCAGCUUCGAUUUCGCAUUCACGGGCGACUUCCAUGCCGUGGCGGUCUCUCACCCUUCCCUCCUCAAAACUCCGGACCUCCAGAAGUACUUCGAGGUCGCGAAGGCCCCGCUUCUCAUUAACUCCUGCGAAGUCGACCGGCAAUUCGGCCCCGAGUUGCAGCAGGUCGCAGACGAGAUCUUUGGCAAGGGCAAGUUCGCCCCUGGCUACCAGCGCACGUAUUGGCCCGGUUGCGUCCACGGAUUCACGGUCCGUGGUGACCUGAGCAAGCCGGAGGUCAAGGCGGGCAAGGAGGGUGCUUUCAAGGCUUCCGUGGAAUGGCUCCGGAAGUACCUGUGA